AUAUGAUCGGUAGCAGAUAAUGUGAUGCGCUAGCGCAUAGUGUGACUACAACCGGUUCACAACGGUAGUGUGAUACGUGAAGUGAGUUUUGUUAAAAAAAUAUUGAACUGCUCAUCAUGGCUACUCGAGCGUACGAUGCAGUACAUUGGUACAUGGAGGAGGUUGGAGCUCGCGUGGUAGCGAAGACCGGGAUCCCUUCAGACAGACAUCAUGUAGGCAAGCUCAUUCUCCAGAGCCUGCAAGAUGACCCAGGCUUUAUUCUGCAGAUCGAUGGGGCUACAGGUAAAACAGAAACCUUCGGCUCAGCUUUAGACAGGAGCAUCCGAUGUGCUGUCUCCCUCACCAACAUGGGGCUGAAGAAGGGCGACGUCAUGGUGCUGAUGGGACCAAACCAUUUAGACUUCUGUAUUCCCCACAAUGCUGCGCUAUACCUUGGAAUCAUGGUGGCAUCGGUUGAUGCUACUUUGGGAGUUAAUGAGCUAAGGGAUCUCUUUCACAAGAACAGGCCGAAUAUAAUUUUUGGCCAAAGUGAAAAGAUGAAGGAUAUAGAGAGAGCAUUGACCCUAUCUGAAAUAGACGCUAAAGUUGUAACUUUUGACAAAGAUGGCAGCCAUACUUCAUUAGCGCAACUCCUUGAGGUUAAAGACAAAGAAGCGAUAAAGAACUUUAAACCAACAGACUUCGAUCCUGAAGAAACAGUGGGAUAUUUGACUUCAACCAGUGGAACUACAGGUGUGCCAAAAACAGCCAUGUUGACACACAAGAACUUAAGUAUUGGAAUGCCUUAUAUCUGGGCCAACUUCUCUAAUUUCCCAACACCAACGAUACUGGUAUUCAUGACAUCACCUGCCCAGUGGCUGUCAGCUGGCAUCCAUUACGUCUUUUCGUCAGUCUUCAAGUAUACUCGAUUGCAGUCAUCAGCACCUAUCACUCCAGAACAUUUUGCUGACUUGGUCAAUGUGUAUAAGCCUUCUUACCUAGCUACAAGUCCUAAUAUGAUGGUGACGAUGAUGGCAAACGCUAAAUGUGACUUCACCUGCUUCAAAUAUGUAGGAUUGGGAGGCAGUGCUGUAACACAAGAUGUCAUUGAUGAAGUCAAGAAAAUAGCCCAAACAGAUGAAGUGUUCAUUUUAUAUGGAAUGACUGAAGCGACUGGACUUACUGUGCAGCAUGACAUGUAUUCAGCGCAUGGAUCUUACGGGAGACCGAUUUUUGGAAUACAGGCAAAACUGGUGGAUCCCAUUACUAAUAAAGUCAUCACGGAACCCAAUGUUCCAGGAGAAGCAUGGUUCAAAGGUCCAAGUAUUUUUAAAGGAUACUACAAUAACCCUGAAGUGACGAAAGAGGUUAUAACAGAAGACGGCUGGCUCAAAUCUGGUGACAUUUUCUACAGAGACCAGCACUGGAACUUAUUCUUUGUGGAACGAUACAAGUUACUCUUGAAGUAUAGGAAUCAUCAGGUAUCCCCAGUGGAAAUUGAGACGGUUAUAAUGAAGCACCCUGGAGUUCUGCACGCAGCUGUCACAGGUAUACCGGAUAAGGAGUGUGGAGAUCUGGUCGUGGCGUGCGUUGUGCCAAAGCCUGGCUGCAAUCCAACAGCACAGGAGAUCAAGGACCUGGUCAAAGAAUCGUUGACCGACUCCAAACAACUGAGAGGAGGCGUGAUCUUUUUGAAAGAACUUCCAACGACCAGUACAUCCAAGAUCAACCGACAGAAACUGAAAGAAUUGGUGCUGAGCUUGCCUCGACAAUAAAUAAAUAUAAAAAGUAC